CGGCAGAAUCCAUAUAAGAUUUGCACUUUUCUUUUAGGGUUUCGUGACAAUGAAUUCAAAAUGUUUUAACUCUUCUAACUGCUAAAACGGCUUAGCAGAAGCCGUUAACGCCGUUGUAGAAGACAGUGACAAUGACGGUGAUUUCGACUUCGCGAUCAUACCGCCAGAACCUAGCGUGGUGACGGAUGAAGAAGAAGGUGCCGAUGAGGAUAUGGUCACAGCCUCUUUACCACAAGACAUUCCUGGGAAUAUAGAAGUAUUAAGAUGUGACGAGGCCUCAGUUUCCAGCAGUGACAAUGACAGCAGCAAUGAUGAGCCGUUAUCCGAAAAGGCAAAGAGAAGUCGUCGUCAGCUGCCAGAUCAACCAAUAUGGCGAAAGUGUUCACCAAUAUAUUCUUCUAUAACUCAAGAGACAAGUUAUGUCACCAAAAGACAAGAAGAGGUAAAAAAGGUGUUUGAAAAUCUCACACCAGUUGAAAUAUUUGAGAAAAUAUUUGAUGAAGACGUCAUAAACUUGAUCGUAAAUAAUACAAUAUUAUACGCUAAUCAAAAUAACAGACACACAUUUCAAUUAGAUUCUGUCGAGUUGAAAAAGUUUAUGGGCAUAUUGAUACUAUCAGGAUAUCAUAAACUACCAAGAGAAGAUUUGUAUUGGUCUUAUGAUGAGGACGUAGGUCUUGAAAUAAUAUCGAAGUGUAUGCCAAGGCAAAGAUUUCGGUAUAUAAAAAAAACAUUCAUUUUGUGAAUAACGACGAAGCUAGUUCAUGGAGGGAUAAAAUGUUUAAAGUUCGUUCAUUAGCUAAUAUUCUUAUGAGGAAAUUUCAACAGUGGGGUGUAGUGCACGACCAUAUUUCAAUAGAUGAGUCCAUGGUGAAGUAUUUUGGUCAUCAUUCUGCUAAACAGUUUAUCCGUGGAAAACCAGUGCGUUUUGGUUAUAAAAAUUGGGUAGCUGCAAGUUCCAUAGGAUACCGCUAUGCUUU